AUGCCCGUCCUCAACGUCCGCGACCGUGUCAAGAACUCCGGUGUCUGGCAUGACUUCAAGGAGUUCAUUCAGCGAGGCAACAUCAUCGAUCUCGGAGUGGGUUUGGUCAUUGGCGGAGCCUUCUCGAAGGUGCUCAACUCCUUCGUCGAUGAUAUCUUGACCCCUCCUCUGGGUCUUGUCAUUGCUGGUUCCAACUUGGAGAACUGGUUCAUUGUCCUCAAGUACGGCCCAGAGGGCAAGAAGCCUUAUAACACCCCUGAAGAGGCCCAGGGAGACGGUGCGGUUACCGAGAACGUCGGUCGCUUCCUCAUGACUGCCAUCAAUUUCGUCCUUGUUGCCAUUACCCUCUUCUUGAUUAUCUUUACCGCCACCAGGUUCCGCAGCUGGCGCCUGAGCCGCAGACAGAAGAAGAUCAGCAAUGGAGAUGUUGACGCAACCAAGCCUGACGAUGCCGAUGCCUCUGGAGCAACCAAGACCUGCCAGUGGUGCAAUGCCAACGUCCCUGUCGCUGCUGUCAAGUGCAUGUAUUGCGCCAGUUACUUGCAUGAGAAGGUCCCUGCGGAGCUGUUGAACAAAGCCGCCCAGCCAGCCUUGAUUGAGUUGGAUGGUUAA